CCACGGGAGCGCGCAGAAGGCACGGAGCUCUGACGCACAGCCUCCUCUCAGCUCAGCCGCACAGGGACUUUGGUCGAGUUAUGAAAAAAUCUGCAAGUUGUCUUUGAUGGCGAGCUGACGAGAUAUAGAUAUAUAUAUAUAUAGAUAUAUAUAUAUAGAUAUAUAUAGAGAGAGAGAGUCAAAGGGCCAGCGAGAUAAACUGAGGAAUAUGCGGAGCUUUUUUACGCGCAAGGGGCAAGUUUUCCGCCACUUGCUGUGUUUUGUUUUUUUCUUUAAAAAAAAAAUCACUGAGUGGACUUUUAGAAGUAUGAUUUAUUUUGAUGUGGCAUGUUUCCUGCGUUGUGUCCCCGUGCUCCGGUGUGCGCCUCAUGGGAUGUAGUAAAUGGAGAGCUGCGUUCAACUUCGGACACCUGAGGGUGCAGUCCAAGCUGUCCGUCUUCUUGACCAUGAUCAUUCUCUUCACUUACCUCUUUUACUGCCUCAACGGAUACUGUGACUCCUUGCCUCGGCCAGUUUACGACCAACAAAGCAAUAUUCAAAACAAAAACACCCUCAAGGAUGGAGGAGACGCGUCGGCGCAGGACGAGUCUCAGGUGGUCCGGGAGCAGCUGUCUGACCUGUCUGACAGCGGGGCUCCAUCCGACAACAUCUCGAUAGCCAACAAUUUCGGCAGCAAAAAGUUCCCCCAGGCCAUCAUCAUCGGGGUGAAGAAAGGGGGCACGCGGGCUCUGCUGGAGUUCCUGCGCAUCCAUCCGGACGUGAGGGCCGUCGGCUCUGAGCCACACUUCUUUGACCGCUUCUACGACAAGGGACUGGACUGGUACAGGAACCUGAUGCCUCGUACUCUGGAGGGUCAGAUCACCAUGGAGAAGACCCCCAGUUACUUUAUCACUAAGGAAGCCCCUCACCGUGUCUCCUCUAUGAGCCGCCACACCAAGCUCAUCGUGGUGGUGCGUGACCCUGUGACCCGGGCUGUUUCUGAUUACACCCAGACUCUGUCCAAAUCUCCCGGGCUCCCGUCCUUCCAGAACCUGGCCUUUCGCAAUGCAACCACAGGCCUCAUCGACACAUCUUGGAGUGCCGUGCGCAUCGGCAUCUACGCCAAGCACCUAGAGACCUGGCUGCGCUUCUUCCCGCUCUCAAGCCUGCUCUUUGUCAGUGGCGAACGCCUUGUGACGGACCCAGCAGGGGAGAUGGGCCGAGUCCAGGACUUCUUGGGGCUCAAGCGCGUAGUGACAGACAAGCACUUCUACUUCAACCAGACCAAAGGUUUCCCCUGCCUAAAGAAGCCCGAGGGGAGCAGCAGGCCGCGCUGCCUGGGGAAGUCGAAGGGCAGGCCCCAUCCCCAGAUCCCCUCGGAUGUCCUGCAUCGGCUCAGAGACUUCUACAGACCCUUCAAUCUCAAGUUUUACCAAAUGACCGGCCACAAUUUUGGCUGGGAUUGAUCGACUACUCGCCAAGGCUAUUAAAAACUGUUAGUAGCGUUCUUGUUUAGCCACCUACCAAAACCAGACAGGGAUAGCUUGAAGACAUUGUGUAUUACCAAAGCUUUUACUGUGCUUUUUCUUCAUUUCUUAAGCUAUGAAAACUCCCUCCUUUCUCCAGAUUUACAUCAACCAUGCUUACAACGUUUGUGAGAGCUUCAAACCCUUAGCAAGCAAUGCUAGAAGAACACUUUUGAGAAGUGCUGGUUGCUGCUGAAAUGUGAUGAGGGCAAACCGGAUUGAAGCAUACUGUCUCCAGAAAGAUGCCAACACUGCAAAGAGAUGUGCCUGAGCUUAAACCAAAUGGCAAAAUAGUAACAAGCCUUGACAGUCUGGCAAAGCUACUAUAAACCAAAUUACAUAUCAGACUAUUGGGACACGAGAGCUCUGCUGAAAAAAACACUGUCACAUUCAACGAGGAAAGAAGCAAAGGGUUUCGAAUUAUGCACACUGGUACAAUUAAGAAAUUAAUGUAAAUGUGUUUUGUCGAGGUAUCACUUUAUCAUUCAGAAUCCUUUCAAUCCAAUAAGCAUUGUUCUGUUCGCCUCUGUCACGUUUAUUCUGUGUAUGAAGUUAAAUGAAAGCUCCCUUUCUGGACUGUCCUUAUUAAAAAAUAAAGAUGUAGCAUACGCAGGAGGAUACCUGGUACUGGUGGAAAAAAAAGGACCAGAAAUGUAUAACACAGCUACUAUGUGCUGUACAUUUGCUGUUAUUUAUGUUGCCAAUACAAUGCUUGUAUAAAACGUUCUCUACAGACGACACCUGUAUCUGUGAUGUUUUCUACUUCAUUUAAUCAACACUCACCUCUACAAACGGUACUUACAUGCAACUGUAUAUUUCUAAAAGCUUAAUUUAUAAUAUGACAAACUAUUGUUGGGAUGUGUUCUCUAAAACUUUUGUAUAUGACAUGC